GUCAUUGUAGUCUCAGUUUUGCACGAGCAAAAACAAUUAACCCAGCACCAUGAUACUCAACGUUAACAUGUCACUUGUCAUGUUCAUGGCAAUGAUCGGUGUAAGCUUAGCAGGUAUCAUCCCUGCAGCACCAGUAGCAUUAGCUCCAGCAGCACCAGCUCCAUUGGUAGCAUCAGCUCCAGUAGUUGCACCAGCUGCAAUUGGAUACACUAAAGCGGUUCCAUACAAUAUUCCACCUUUCGCAUCAAGAGUUGAUUAUAAUGCUAGAGCUUUAGCUGCUCCUUACAUCGCUGCACCAGCACCAAUUGUUGCAGCUCCAGCUCCAGCCCCAAUCGUUGCUGCUCCUGGAGUUGUUAGUUCUCCAUACUUAGCUGCUCCAUUUGGACCUUUUGCUCCUGCUGCUUACACUGCAGUAUCUCUCGAAACUCCCCCAGACCGUCUUGGAGGAUCCAAUUGGGUGUGGCCUUUGAUCGACCAAAGGCCAUCUAGUAUCAAAAUGAUGACCAAGUGCAUUAUCUUCUUCUUCGCUCUUGUAGCUAUCUGCUCAGCAGGAUUAGUUCCAGCUGCAGUACCAGCAGCGUUAACAGUGGGAACAUACGCAAGUAGUUACAAUGCACAUGCAGUGAACCAUGCAUACGCUGCACCAUACGUAGCAGCACCAGCUGUUGCAGCUGCACCACUAGCCUACUCUGCUUAUCCAUACUCUUACUCAGCUAUCCCAGCUACAUAUGCUGCAGCUCCAAUCUUCGCCGCUCGUCGUUAAAUUCUGUCCACCGUUUAACAUCAGUCGUCAACAAAUGAAGCUAUUUUUAAAAUCAACAUCCAUGUCAAAAUUAUUUUUCACCUGGUCCAGUCAUCUUUGAGAUUAUUCUUCUGAAGAUAAUGCGAAGAUUGAAGGAUCACAGGUGUACCGUCAGGUGGUUUAAUGAUUUCUGUUCAUGAUCCAUCGAUCAAUUUUAGUACUGAUCUUGACUGAGCGAUGGUGCUGCUUGCACUUGAUCUCUUGGAAACCUUUCACUUAUCAUCAAUGAGAAGAAUAAUAACAACCUCAUCCAACUGGUUUUUGUAAAAAUUUAUAUAUUUGCUGUUCUAAAAUAAAUUAAAUUUUAUCCAAUUAUA